CACAGCGUUCCUCGUGACCUCCUACUUGACUCGAAUUGGAGUUGAAGUUCUGCCACAGCCACCAUACAGCCCUGACUUGAGUCCUCCUGAUUUCUUCCUAUUUCCGAAGGUCAAAAGAUGCCUGAAGGGUCAUCGUUUCGACGAAUUCCGAACAUCCAACGUGCUGUCACGGAGGCACUAACUGGGAUAACUCAAACGGACUACAGUGAGGCCUAUGAAGCAUGGAAAACGCGCUGGCAACGUUGUGUCGACGCCCAAGUUCCUUUUAUUCCACUGAUAAUUACUCUAUCAGCGAACCUUUACUUGGACUGCUUUUCUGCAGCACAGAUUCGGGACCAACUUUGUGUUCUGAGUUCUGUUGUCCUGUUUGGCUUAUUUUGCUUCCUGCUUAAGGAAGUACUUCAAGAGUACUGGUUGCUUGAGAAUGGUUUGGAUACAUUAUACGAAGAGUGUAGGGACCUUUUAAAGUACCUACAGUCUCCUUCUACCCAUGGCAACAGCAACAGUUUUGGUGAAGAAACAAUGACACUACGUAAUAUGUGGCAGCAGGGGGACUACCAUAAACUGCAAGAUAUGUUCCCAGUCGCCAGAAAAACCAUCCCUCAAUUUCAUGGAAAACAACAAGUCAGCUUAUUGCAUCAAUUUUCGUCUGCCAGAACUUUAAAAUCUUGAUUUAUAAACACAAAAUGAGUACAUGUAUCUAAAUAUUUACUUCA